AUGUUGACGUGGGAACAGCUGGGUUAUCAGAAGAGAAACACGCCAUCCAAAAACAAAGCCGUCAGAAUGACACCUUCUCAGGUUACCUUUGAAAUAAGAGGAACUCUUUUACCAGGAGAAGUUUUUGCAAUAUGUGGAAGCUGCGAUGCUUUGGGAAAUUGGAAUCCUCAAAAUGCUGUGGCACUUCUUCCAGAGAAUGAGACAGGUGAAAGCAUGUUAUGGAAAGCAACCAUUGUACUCAGUAGAGGAGUAUCAAUUCAGUAUCGCUACUUCAAAGGGUGCUUUUUAGAACCAAAGACUAUCGGUGGUCCAUGUCAAGUCAUAGUUCACAAGUGGGAGACUCAUCUACAACCACGAUCAAUAACCCCUUUAGAAAGUGAAAUUAUUAUUGACGAUGGACAAUUUGGAAUACACAAUGGUGUUGAAACUUUGGAUUCUGGAUGGCUGACAUGUCAGACUGAAAUAAGAUUACGUUUGCAUUAUUCUGAAAAACCUCCUGUAUCAAUAACCAAGAAAAAAUUUAAAAAAUCUAGAUUUAGGGUAAAGCUGACACUAGAGGGUCUGGAGGAAGAUGAUGAUGAUAGGGUGUCUCCUACUGUUCUUCACAAAAUGUCGAAUAGCCUAGAGAUAGCUUUAAUAAGUGACAAUGAGUUCAAGUGCCGUCAUUCCCAGCCAGAGUGUGGGUAUGGCUUACAGCCUGAUCGAUGGACGGAGUAUAGUAUACAGACAAUGGAACCAGAUAACCUGGAACUAAUCUUUGAUUUUUUUGAGGAAGAUCUCAGUGAACCCGUAGUUCAGGGCGAUGCUCUUCCUGGACAUGUGGGUACAGCAUGUCUUUUAUCAUCUACCAUUGCUGAGGCUGGAAAGAGUGCUGGUAUCCUUACUCUUCCCAUCAUGAGCAGAAAUUCCAGAAAAACAAUAGGCAAAGUGAGAGUUGAUUAUAUAAUUAUUAAGCCAUUACCUGGUUACAGUUGUGACAUGAAAUCUUCAUUUUCCAAGUAUUGGAAACCAAGAAUACCAUUGGAUGUUGGACAUCGAGGUGCAGGGAACUCUACAACAACUGCCCAGCUUGCUAAAGUUCAAGAAAACACUGUUGCUUCUUUGAGAAAUGCUGCUAGUCAUGGUGCAGCCUUUGUAGAAUUUGAUGUACAUCUUUCCAAGGAUUUUGUGCCUGUGGUCUAUCAUGAUCUCACCUGUUGUUUGACUAUGAAAAAGAAAUUUGAUGCUGAUCCAGCUGAAUUAUUUGAAAUUCCAGUAAAGGAGUUAACAUUUGACCAACUUCAAUUGUUAAAGCUCGCUCAUGUGACUGCACUAAAAUCUAAAGAUCGGAAAGAAUCUGUGGUUGAGGAAGAAAAUUCCUUCUCUGAAAAUCAGCCAUUUCCUUCUCUUAGGAUGGUUUUAGAGGCUUUGCCAGAAGAUGUAGGGUUUAACAUAGAAAUAAAAUGGAUCUGCCAACAAAGGGAUGGAAUAUGGGACGGCAACUUAUCAACAUAUUUUGACAUGAACCUAUUUUUGGAUAUAAUUUUAAAAACUGUUUUAGAAAAUUCUGGGAAAAGGAGAAUAGUGUUUUCUUCAUUUGAUGCAGAUAUUUGCACAAUGGUUCGACAGAAACAGAACAAAUAUCCCAUAUUAUUUUUGACUCAAGGAAAAUCUGAUAUUUACCCUGAACUCAUGGACCUCAGAUCUCGGACAACUCCCAUUGCAAUGAGCUUUGCACAGUUUGAAAAUCUGCUGGGGAUAAAUGCACAUACUGAAGACCUCCUCAGAAACCCAUCCUAUAUUCAAGAGGCAAAAGCUAAAGGACUAGUCAUAUUCUGCUGGGGUGAUGACACGAAUGAUCCUGAAAACAGAAGGAAAUUGAAGGAAUUUGGAAUUAAUGGUCUGAUUUAUGAUAGGAUAUAUGAUUGGAUGCCUGAACAGCCAAAUAUAUUCCAAGUGGAGCAGUUGGAACGCCUGAAGCAAGAAUUACCAGAGCUUAAGAGCUGUUUGUGCCCCACUGUUAGCCGCUUUGUUCCCUCCUCUUUGUGUGGGGAGACUGACAUCCCCAUGGAUGCCAACGGCAUCGACAAUGCGGAAAAUGCUUAG